GCGAAUUUCGAUCGCGUUCAGUUCAGUUCAGUUUAGUAAUUGUUGUCUACUAACCUGCGCACAUCAGUUCCUACCUGCACAUACAUACAUACAUAUACAUACAUACAUAUGUAAACAUAGAUACUGUCUAGAUUUCAAAAAUUUUAAAACUCGAGCAUGUGAUAAAAUUUCAACUUAUUACUUGUAGACGCAUACGAAUCAAGAACGUUUUAUUUAAAUACUAACUAACUGUAUAUAACCGAUAUAUAAAUUCAAAAUAUAAUAAUAACUGCUAACACAUUCGUUCGUUUGGUAUUUUCUUGUGCGGCAAAAUAUACAAAAAAUGAGCAAAAAUGAAGUUGAUACAGCUGCAACGUCACUGUCGCCGCAUCCGCCGACACCACCACCAACGCCCACACCAAAGGAAUUUGUAGCGCCUGUAUUCAAAGAUGACAGUUUAGUGCUUUACUUUCAUCCCUACAACUUCCAUUCACAAAAAGUUAUUUUAAUACUUUAUGAAAAGAACAUCGACUUUAUUCCGUAUGCCAUUGAUUUGGCUAACGGUGAACAGUAUUCGGCGUGGUUCCUUAACCUCAAUCCAAAGGGAGAUGUUCCUGUCCUGCAAGACGGCACUUUUGUUAUUCCAAAUUCAAAUCACAUCAUCAGCUAUUUGGAUAACAAAUUCCGAAAAGAUGUUCAUGGUGUUCUAAAACCACGUGGCAACAAUGUGGAUGAGUUCAAAAAAAUGGAAUUCUACGAAAAUAUAAUAUCACAGUUGCCUGUUGGUGCUCUCAGUUUAGGUUCAUUCAUUCAUGAAGAUCUGAAACUAAUGCCGAAACCGCCGUUUAUUGGACCCAUUCGUAAAUCAUGUCUGAGGAAUAAUGAGAAAGUUUAUGAAAUGCUGAAGCGUUCCAUUGAGGAAGCUGAGACAAAUAAAACAAGUCUAUUGCGAAAGCUUGAUAUCCAAGAUAGACGUAAACGCUUGGUCCAAUCUCGAGUGGAAUUUCAGAAAAUACUUGAUGCUGUCAACAACGUUUUGCGUUAUAUCGAUAAUGAUUUUAAAGAGAAUCCCGGACGAGAGUGGCUUGUAUCGAAUGAAUUUUCAUUGGCUGAUGUCAGCUUUGGAUUGUUAUUGCACAGACUUUACCAAUUGGGAUUCGAAAACUACUACUGGACUUAUGGCAAAUUGCCAUACGUUGAAAGUUAUUUUCUGCGAUUCAAGAAGCGUGAGGCUUAUCAAAAAGUAAUACCCAGCAAUUUUAAAAUACUCAAAGAUAUUUGGCAGAACACGCCAGCCAACUAUAAAAUUGGUGCGGGUGCUGGAUUUUUGGGUAUGGCUAUGUUUGCCGCCCUAGCCCAUAAAUAAUUGUCAGUAUAAAAAAUCCAUAGUAUUAACAAAAUGAACAACAUUUUAAUGCAGACACAUUCAACAAGUGGUUUAUACUAAUAUCCCAAUAAAACAAAAUA